UGACCCGACGACUGCGCGCGAGCACACACCCUCCCGCCUCGAAGAGCACGACCUCCGUCUUCGAUCCUCGUCCGCUUAGCAGCCGAUUAAUUGCCGAAGCCGAGCACGUACACCCGAGGGAAAGAUGAUCACUAGGCAUCGACGAUACGAUAUCCUGCUCGUGAUAGCGUACAUCUUCGUACAGUUGCCCGAUAAGAUCCACGGCCAUGGCAGAUUAAUGGACCCACCGGCGAGGAACUGCAUGUGGCGAUUCGGCUACCCGAACCCGGUGAAUUACAAUGACAACGAGCUCUUCUGCGGAGGAUACGCAGUGCAUUGGGAGCAAAACAAAGGCAAGUGCGGUCUUUGCGGCGACGCCUAUCAUCUGGCAUCCCCUCGUCCUCACGAAGCCGGCGGCGAGUUUGCCAAUGGAAUUAUAGCUAGGCAUUACCUGGCUGGCCAGGACAUUGACGUAGAGAUCGACCUCACCGCCAAUCAUUUCGGGAGAUUCGAGAUAUACCUUUGUCCCAACAACGAUCCAUCGCGCGAGGCGACGCAGGAGUGCUUCGACUCUUAUCCUUUGUACGUGUCCGGGACGAAGAACGUCCGUUUCGAGAUUCCGCGCGACACAGCGAAGAAAGGGAUCAUACGAUACUCGGUGACCCUACCGCCGUACAUCACCUGUUCGCAUUGCGUGGUGCAAUGGAGUUACUACACAGGAAAUAUGUGGGGCACCUGCGAGAACGGCACGGAAGCCGUCGGAUGCGGCAGGCCGGAGACCUUCCGCAACUGCGCCGACGUGAGGAUCCUGACUAGUACCGGCGGCAUACCGCCGCGUUUCUUAACUCAGAACACCAUCUUUGGGCUCUACUCUUUAAUUCCGAAAUUCCCCAUCACCUCGUUAGUCCGACCGUUGAGGGCUCAAGUGUGCGAGCCUACCGCGGCUUACCGACACAGGCAGAACAUGAGCGAGUGGUGUCAGGUGAAUUGCAUUCGCGUCCCGUCGAAUUGCCCGCCGAGUAUAUGUCACUGUCCAGAGACGUGCGACGCUAUCGGCGACAUCGCCGAGCGACCGGGCGCCGACCAGUACUGCCUGAGACGCUGCAUACGUUAUCCGUCCAAUUGCCCGACCGAUCGUUGCAACUGUUACUGAUCAAUUCCCCGCGAACUGCGACCAUUGACUUUCCGCAUGUAGCGCCUGAAUGUGGAAUAUGUACGUGUACUUUUAUUCUUAAGACCAAUAAAUAUCUCGCCAUAAACGUAAUUUUGGUGCUCGCACGCGCGAGCCCGAGGGAAAAGUUUCGGUUACCUUCUGUAAAUUUCAUGAGAACAUUUAUCUUACCUUAUCGCAUUCGUUCUUCUUCGCCGACCGCCCUGGGAAAUACGCUGAGAACGCGUAAAGUAUAAUACUAACAUAAUAUACGUCCUCCGUGAGAUGAAACGUGAGAGGUAAUUGCGAGUGAGAAGAAUCUCUGCUUUAAUGGCACUAUAAUAUUUAAUGUUAGGACAUUCUAUUGACAGCUUAAAAUUUUUACGCGUAUAUCACAUAUUAUAUACGUAACCAUUAACGUUCCUCUUCCGCCUUACGCACGAUAUAUUAAUCAGUAUGCAACUAUGCUUAACGAAAUGACAGUUCACCAAUUAUACGCCUUCGACCGCCAACGAGAACUUGCAAUUAAUGGAUAUCAGCUGUGAAGCGUACGAAGCUCGUACGUUUUCGCAGCGUUGUAUAUAUAUGUACAUACAUACGUAUAUACACAUGCAUACAUUCACAUGUAUAUGUAUAUAUGUUUAUAUAUAUAUAUAUAUAUAUCUCGUAGAUCUUUUUACUAUAGUUAACACUUUACAAAACUAUAUACACUAAAGCCUUCUUUUUAUCGUCUACCACGUAUUUUAUCGCUACCUAGUAACAUUUUUUUCUUUCUUCUCCUUAUAUAAUAUACUUUUUAUGUAUAUAUAUAUAUAUAUAUGUAUAUG